AUACAAGCGUUUUGUAACACCACGAAUACGCACACAACCAAUUCCCACUCAAUCUCUACACUGAAUCCGGCGAUCACUGCGACCAAGUGUUGUUUCUACAUAAACGCAGACGACGUUUUUUUCUUUCUACGACGCAUUUAGCUUUUAGUAGAAUAGACAUUUUGAAAUGGUGAGGCGUGUGUACUGUUACUGACUCGGUACGCGUGAAAACACGGGGUUUAAGCCAUCAGACAGACAAAACCAGAGCUAGAAAACAACAUGGAGUUACAGUCAGUGCUGCUGACAACCGGCGCGUCUGUGGGCUUCUUCAAUCUAGUAAAUCGUGGACUUGGUAAACUCUACGUCCCAGAAACGGCUCAGAGGAAUAUAUGGAAAUGGAGAAACAUCUCCACAUCUUUCGUUCACAGCCUCAUCACAGGAAUCUGGGCUGUGCUUUGUUUUUAUAUGCACCCCCAGAUGGCUGAAGAUUUGAUUGAAACACACUCCGUCCUCUCACAUGCUUUGGUGUGUGUGUCAAUCGGAUACUUCAUAUAUGACUUCUUUGACAUGGUUUUCAGUCAGAAGAUCAACCAAACAUGGGAGCUCCUUUUUCAUCACAUGGUGGUGAUUUCCUGCUUUGGGCUGUCGGUGCUGACAUGUCGCUAUGUGGGUUUUGCAGUUGUGGCCCUGCUUGUGGAGAUCAACUCCAUCUUCCUGCACCUGAGGCAGAUGUUGCGGAUGGCCAGUACCGCCAAGAGCACGGUGUACCGUGUGAACAGCAUGAUCAACCUGGGCACGUAUGUUGUGUUCCGCAUCAACACGCUGGCAUGGAUGACACGCUGGUUGGUGCUGAACCGUGAUCAUAUUCCCCUUUUCAGCUACACGGUGGGCAGCGUGGGUCUGGCCAUCAUGACCCUCAUGAACAUUGUUCUGUUCUACCGGUUGCUCCGUACUGACUUCCUCAAGUCCAGCCGCGAAAAAGAGAUCAAGAAAGACAAGGACAUGUAAUGGUGCAGGAAAGCACUAUUUUCUGUAUCUGAACUACAUUAACUUCACCCAGAGCCUCAUGUUCCAAACCGUGCAGAUGCUGGCAUCUGUGUCAUUUCCAAUGAAAUUCCUCUGAAUAAUUCCAUGCCUUUAGAAGUGUAAUUCGCUAGGAGAAUUAAACCCAAAGCUUGUCAGCGGCUUAUGGUAAAAAUCUGAUAAAUCUACUUGAACAUUUAAAACGUUGGCAUUAAUGGUGUUAUUAUUAAUAACACCAUCUAAUGGUGUCUGUUUGUAGGUAUGAUGGCAGGAGUGCAGAACUUUCAGUCCCUGAUUAAACUGCACCAUCACAAAUUUGCUGUUAAACGCAUUUACUAACAACUGACUUAAGUCUAAACACACCAAUACAUAAUGGACUAACAGUCUUUAUAAGAUCCCAUACAUAUGCCUCGCAGAGAUCUCAUGAAUGUUUGUUUAGCCUUUUUAAAACCUACCUCUGCUACUGUAUAAUCUUGUAGCAGUUAGUCCUUUUCUCUUUGCUCUCUGUGUCUGUAUGUUCAGGGCCUGUUAUCAGUUCUAGCAGAGUGACACAGUUCUGACUGUUUGCCUGCAUAACACUGACCAGAGCUGGUAACUGACCAAAGACUAACCAAAAACUGAAUGAUUUUAUUUGUAAAAUGCUUUUGAUCAGGUUGUUUAACUGUGAUUGACUGUGACUGUUAUAUGAAUGUCAUCUGUCUUAGUUAAUGCAGGGCCAAUGCCUCAAUGCUGUACUCAAAUCCUCUGAUUUCUGAUAAAUUUCACAGUUGAUAGUUAACCUAGGGACAGGAAAAUAUUGACUGUCACUAUGACCUCAUGGUAGCUGUAUACGGUAGUGCUCAGUGUAUUUAGAGGAAACUGUUAAAACUGUACCAGUAUUGUGAAACAGGAACAAUUUUUAAUGAC